UGGUCACGAUGAGGACAAGCGGGAAAAGCGCCGAACUUCUGCUGGUUUUCUUGGUUCAAAUUAUGACGAUUGCCUCUAUUGAGCAUGGAAGAAGCCGAACUUCCAUAAUCCACCAAUUAGCAGGUCAACAUAACCAGGAUUGCAUGGUGAUCAUGUGUAAUGAACGGAUUCCCAUGGGAGACUUGAGUGAUUCGCCUACUCCUUGUUCAUUAUUUGCCCCCUCCAAAAAAAACAGCGGUUAUGAGGACAAAAAACUCAGGAAGAAAUCUCAUUCUAUAUUCUUGGACUUCUGUGGUGAAUUUGAGACUACCACCAACUUUCUUGAGAGGUCAUACCACUUUGGCCAUGACUUUGUCACUAAGGGUUUGUUCCAUGAGAACAACAACAUCUACUUGUUUGUUCAAGAUCUGACGGAAGUGGAACAAUUUGAAGGCUAUAAAAAGCUAAUUCGUCACGAAUCCUUGACCAUAGUCCUGGAAAAAGGAAACUAUCCCUCCUUGUACAAACUCUCUCUUUUGAACUCGAUGAAGUUUGAGCUUCAUGCCAUUCUCAAAUCCAACGGAAUCAUAGAAAAUUUACAAGUGGAAAGGAACAAAUUCCUUGGAUACACCAUGAAAGUGGCCAUUAUGCCUUGGACUACCAACACCAUCGCUGAAGAGAACCCGGAACCUGAAAACCGUGGGAACGUGUCUUUAACGUACAUGAACUACUCUGGCUUUGAAGUGGAACUAUUGAAAGCCAUUCAAAAGAGUCUACAAGUGAACUAUGAGUACUUGAACCCAACGGACGGAGAAUGGGGAAACACACUAAACAAUGGAAGUUGGAACGGAAUGGUAGAUCUCGCUCUCAGAGGGGAGGUCGAUUUCAUGAUGGGGGACAACAUGAUGACGUAUUCGAGGUUCUUGGUUUUAGAUUAUACUGUUGGCUUUGGGAGUGACUAUAUGACUUUCUGCACUCCAUUGCCCCGACCUCAGGCUACUUGGAAGCGCCUUUUGGCGCCUUUUCGUCCCACUGUUUGGUUGUGCUUCGUGGCAUCGAUUUUUGUGGCCGGCAUCGUACUCUAUUGGUUCCACAAAGCCCUAUACUGGAUGACCUCACUGGAAGUGUUCAAGAUGAGCCUUACGGACAACUUCUGGUUCGCCUACGGAUCGCUCAUGGGGGAAAACCAAGUUCAAGAGGCACCUGCUUGGACUUUAAGAUUGUUUCUUGGAUGUUGGGUGUUUUAUGGAUUGGUCAUCACCUCAAGUUACGGAGGGAACUUGAUUGCCUUCAUGACCACCCCUGUUUACACUGAUCCCAUCACAGAUCUGCAAGGUGUUAUUGACAGUCAAUUACCAUGGGCCAUGGUACUUUAUGGAGAAGAGGAAGAAAAGUUUAUGGCUGUGAGUAAAGAUCCUGUGAUCCAAAGGAUAUGGCAAGACAAAGUUGUCAUUGACUUCUCUCCAACUCCAGAUUUGGGUAAAGUUCGCGCGAGGGAAAAUGUCCUUAUUGAUUAUCGAUCAGGAAUGGAGCUUGGUAUCUUCAUGCACCAUUCCACACCAUCCGGAAUCCCUCUAGUUUAUUUGUCACCAGAUCCGGUGUUCAAGUCCAACUUAGUAGGGUUUGGGUUUCACAAGUUCAACCCUUUCCGGAUAAGAUUUGACGCCGUUAUUGAUAGAGCAAUAGAGGCUGGUUUGAUGCACAAAUGGAACGAAAAAGCUCUUCACGAGUUAAAAACCAGCUCGGAAUCAAGUAUUGCGAAGGCUGAUGAACUCUUCACAGGAUUUCGACCUUUGGCCUUAUCAGAUUUGGUUGGGAUUUCCAUGUUCUAUGGAGUUCUCAUCGCCAUUUGCUUUCUCUGUCUCAUGGGCGAGAUUGGUCAAUUCUUGGCUGGAAACCUCAACAGUCAGACUGUGGUUCAAGAACGGCGAAGAAAGCGACCAGCGUUAAAUAGAUAUUGAUGAGGUGUGAUAAAAAAUGAAAGGAAUCUGUUGCUGACCGAUUGUAUGCCACGUAUAUUUUUUGAAAUAUGUGAUGAGUCACAUGAAUGAAUUACAUUUAUUUAUUGGUA